AUGCAUUGCCUGAAGGCCGAUGGUGUGGUCCACCCAACGUCGAAGAUUGCACGCCUCAACCCACAACUGGUGGAUGGCGUCAUGCGAGUCGGUGGUCGUCUCUCGAACGCGCAGAUCUCGACCAACCGGAAGCACCCCCUCAUUCUGGACCAUCACCAUCCGUUCACUCGACUGGUAGUGAUGUACUUCCACGAAAGACUGUUUCACGCAGGGCAACAGCUGCUCAUUGCGAGCGUCCGCUCGAAGUUCUGGCCUGUCAACGUCCACAGCCUAGCGAGACAGGUCAUCCACGAAUGCAUCAGUUGCUUCAAAAGUAAGCCGAAGGUGAUCGAGCAGAUCAUGGCGGAUCUGCCUGCUGAACGAGUGAAUCCAGCGCCACCGUUCCUCCACGUGGGCGUGGACUACUGUGGCCCAUUCCUCGUCAGCUACCCGAAUCGCAGGGCGAAGCCUGUGAAGUGCUACGUGGCCGUAUUUGUGUGUCUCGCUGUGAAGGCUGUCCAUCUGGAACUAGUCUCCGACCUGACGUCCCAGGCAUUCAUCGCAGCGUUGAGAAGGUUCGUGGCACGCCGCGGCAAACCGCUGCAGAUCAAGUGCGACAACGCCACCACGUUCGUCGGAGCGAAGAACGACCUGAUGGAGCUGCACCGGCUGUUCUACAAGCAGCAGUUCCAGGAUGUCGUCACGAAGACCGCGCUGGAAGAUGGGAUCGAGUUUAGUUUCAUUCCACCACGCUCACCGAACUUUGGCGGCCUGUGGGAGUCGCAGGUCAAGUCGUUCAAAACUCACCUGAAGAAGACAUUCGGACUGCAAGUACUGAAGAUGGAUGAGAUGCUAACUGCCCUAGCGCAAAUCGAAGCUGUGCUCAACUCGAGACCGUUGACUCCGAUCAGUAACGACCCGCAGGACUUUGAAGCGCUAACGCCCGGGCAUUUCCUGAUCCAGCGUCCCCUCACGGCCAUCGCUGAGCCAGAUUUGGAAGGAGUGCCACAAAACCGCUUGGCAAUGUGGCAAAACGCGCAACGUUUUACGCAGCAACUUUGGAAGAAGUGGAGUACGCAGUACCUGUCCAACCUCCAAAGUCGGACGAAGUGGACGAAGGAGCGAAACAACGUCGCCGUUGGUACGAUGGUGCUGAUCAAGGACGAAAACGCGCCUCCCCAGAAGUGGAAACUUGGUCGAGUACUGCACGUGUUUCGCGGAACGGACGGCAACGUGCGCGUUGUGACCGUUCGCACGGCAACCGGACGCUUCGAUCGAGCGAUCUCGAAGUUCUGCGCGCUUCCCAUUCGGGACAACCAAGAAUUAAAUCAAUCGACGUCUGAUUAA